AGAUCAUUAAAUAUUGAAUUUAAAUAAAACUGAUUUUUCUUUUAAACUUAUUUGAAUUGAGUGAAUAAUCAGCCAUUAUUAAUUUUUCUUAAAUUGGGGUAAGGAAAAUUGUUGAAUAAAUGUCAAAAACUUGUCCCGUGGAAGCGAAAGAACAGUAAAAAUGGGCGCGAUGUCGGGAAAGUAACAAAGCGGUAUUUUUUGACGUCAGAGCUUUUGCUGUUGUUUCCUUUCUUGCAUUUUCCCAUUUACAGGCCAACCAAACGGAUCUUCGCCUCCUCCACCUCGACAGUAUUCGUCUUCCAGCGUCCGGCCGGCCAAUUCUAGCUUCUUACUCAUGGCAUCAGGGUCAGAUGAUGAAUUCGUCACUCUCUUAUGCACAAACUCCUAUCCAAUCGAACACACAGAAACUUUAAUUUCGACUACGGAUAUCCAUAAUUGGGAUUUGUCCGCGAUCCUCCGUUGCCAAACAGUCAAAAUUAAAGCUCAUCGCCACAGGCUUGCUGAGCAAUCUUCGUUUUUCCAUGGCCUUUUCAGCGGAAGCUUUAGUGAAUCAAACUUGAGUUGUGUUUCAAUCCAGUGGAACAUGGAAGUAUUUAUAAAUGUUUUAAAGUGUGUUUAUGGCUGCAAAGUGGAUGUCACAUCUAAAACCUUCCUCUCUCUUUUUGAGGCUGCACUUUAUUUUGGAGCAGAAUCACUUCUAUUGAAGUGUAAAAUCUGGUUGUCUGAGGCAUCUUCAACCAAGGGGCCUGGGCUGCAUGAAAUACACCUGGAUGAUCUAAUUCAUAUAUGGAACUUUGGUUUAGAGCAUGCAAAUGAUUUUGUUCCAGAAUUAUGUGCGAGCUAUCUAGCAAGAAAUUUUCUGAAGAAACGUGGGUUGGCUGAUUUGCAGAUGUGGGCCAUCUCUAGUAAAUUUUUUGGAGAUGUUCCUUAUAAUUUGUUAUUUCGUUGCAUAAAGCAUCCUGAUUUGACAGUAUACAGUGAGAUGCAUCUUUCUGAUGCCCUUUUGGUUUGGCUCAAUGCAAAUACAGAAAAGUUGCAACCUUUUGGCAAAGUUGAAGAUGACUGCACUGGCAUUUUAAAACAGAUCCGGAUUAGUCUUUUGCCGUUGUGGUUUGCUGCAGGAAAAAGAAGAUCAUGCUAUUUUACAGAGCUUGCUGAGGAAAGCAUUGAUACAAUAUUUAGACUGCUGAAGAUUCCACCUGCAGACUCAAUUGGUGUCUUUGAAGAUGGUGACUUGGAUCAUCUAAGGAUACGGGUGACAGAAUAUUCUAAGAAAGUGAACCUUUCAGGUUGUCCACAAAUAACAUCAGUGAUUCUUCUCCUCUCUUUGCUUCCUUCUUCAUAUCGUGUGGACCUAAUGUUGAGGAAAAGCAUUAGACAGUCUUUGAUCAACCUUGAACGUCUGAGCACCUGCAGAGAUCAAUGUGGAAGUGGAAUCUUGCAUGGGUUGCCAUCAACUCUCUCUUUUGAAGCAGUUGAGGAGGUGGAUAUUUCAAAGUGUCCAAGGUUACAUCUUGAAUCCACCAUUGAGAUCUUCUUCAAGUCAUUUCCAUCUUUAAGAAAAUUAAGAGCAACACAUCUUUUGAACUUUAAAACAACCACUUUGCAUAAAUUAAUGCUGAAGUGUCCGCUCAUUAGUGAAGUCGAUUUAACCAUUGAUAUUACUCCGCUCAUACCGGCACAAGUGUCAGUUAUAUCUUCUAGUCGUGCUAUAAUGCCACUAGUAUCAAGCAAUUCCUUCAGUGCUGGCAAUAAUUUCUUGGACAUGACAUCUUAUCAUUCACAGCCAUCUGUUUCAACUAUCACAAGACUCAUAUUAGAGGGUAGAAGUGAUAUUUCUGAUUUGGAUCUACAGUAUAUCACAGGGUUAUGUGUUUCUCUACGGUACAUAAAUCUUAAAGGGUGUAUUUCAGUAACAGAUACUGGCAUGUCAAAUCUCAUACGCAGAUGUGGUAAACUACACUCAAUUUUAGUUUGUGAUACGUCUUUUGGGAUAAAUUCAAUUCAAGCUCUUUGCUCUAGUAUUACGAGUUUUGGUCCUGCUGCUUCUGACUUUGAAAAGAGAUGUUCAGAUUCAUUGGCAUUUAAACUUCAAACACUUCAUAUGGGCGGUUGCAAGGGUGUCAAUGAAAGAUCUCUACUUGACCUUAUAUCUCAAACACAAGCACUGAUUAGCCUUUGCUUGAGGGACACUCACCUUGUUGAUGAUGCUCUUUAUAGUUUCCCAGGUUCUUCCUUGGAGACACUUGAUGUUUGUAAUACAAUGGUUUCUGGAGCUGCUUUAUCUCACGUUGUCAAUGGAAAUCCUGCUUUGAAGUGUUUGAAUGCAAGAGGCUGUAAAAAUCUGAUUCAUCAAGGAAGUAACGCCAGUGGAGUAGAACUUUCUUCCUCAUAUUCAUGUAGAGAUCUCUAUGCUGUGUUGGGCAAGAAAUGUAAACUGGAAGAGAUUGCACUUGGUUGGGGAUUUGAUUGGUUUUCUUUAGUAGCUCUUAGACCUGCAAUUAUGUCAUUAAGGGCAAUAAGUGUUGGUUUGGGUGGAUCAUUGGGUGAAGAUGCCCUUAGACUACUUCCUACAACUUGUCCCAUGCUGGAGUCAAUAGUUCUUUGUUUUCAGGUAAUCUCCAAUGCUAUCAUCAUAAACAUUAUGAGAUCCUUGAGGCACUUGCAGGCACUGGCUCUAUGCUACUGCCUUGGUGAUAUAUCCACAUCAAGCUUCAAAAACUCUUUCACAAAUCUAAGGAAAUUGAGGCUUGAGAGGGUAACUCCUCAGAUGACCGAUAAUGAUUUGGUUGUUCUUACUCAGAACUGUGCAAGCUUGGUUGAAUUCUCAUUAGUAGGAUGCAGACUUCUCACUUCAGAUUCUCUGAGCCUCAUUUCACAGGGAUGGCCGGGCUUGAUUUCAAUCCAUCUUGAGGAUUGCGGAGAAGUAACUGCAACUGGGGUUUCUUCUUUGUUCAACUGCAGAGCUCUUGAAGAUAUCUUGUUGCGUCAUAAUGGCUCAGGGAUAGCCAGCAGCUUCAUUCUUGAUGCUGCUUCGAAGAUGCCAAUGCUCCGGCAAGUAUCAUUAGACUUAUGUGAUGCAUUAGAAGGUGACUUUGACAUUCCAAAUCAUGGAAACAGAUAUUUCUUAAGUGCUGUGAAGAUAGCGAGAUGUAAAUUUAAAAAAUCUCCAAAUAUCAACUUCCAGGAGGCUCACAGAAGGCCAGUGCACAAGGACACAUUAGUGCUGGUUUGGAACUCUCAAAUUCUCAAUAGCACAGUGGUCAAAGAAAGAAUUUAAGAACAUAACAGUGAAAUGGAACUUAAAUGUAAUUUUCUGCAUUCUUUGGAACGGCCUGUUUGUGAACUCUUUUUAUUCUCUAUGGUUGUUAAACCAGGAACUGUAACCCUUAUCUCCCUGCUAGCUUGGCUGGAUAAAUUUGCAGGGGAAGUGAUCCUAUUUUGGAUUUUAAUUAAUGAAUAAACUUGUUCAUGAUCAAGAA